AUGGAACAUAUGGAUAUUCCCAAGACGCUGCCACCUCCAUACCAGAGUCUACCUCCAACACCAGCGCUCUCGACAGCAUCAGUCCAUGCCCCUGAUCAGGCUUUAGACUAUCAGGAUAUCAGCUUUCCUUCAGUAAACCCCUCACAUCAUCAAACUGCACCCGGGGCGGGACAUUACGCACCACAUACAUGCACGUAUGCAUAUGGUAACUCCUACCACGCAUAUCCACGGCAUCAUGCAUUCCCCCUGAAUCUGCUUCAUCGACCUGGAAUUCGACGAUGCGGUCGUCCCAUUACAUACUAUCAACCAGCAUGGCCUGUGUAUUAUGCACACACUGGCCGGGAACCAGCCUUAGCUGCUGCGCCAUUCGUUACCCCUCCUCCACUACAACAACAGCAACAUAGGAAGCAAUCAUAUUUGCAACUCGGAUCACUCUCAGCCACAUUAAAUGAUGCUGGGAAUCUUGCAGUUGAAGCGUAUGAUGCACUAGUGUACUCUUCAUCAACAAGCAGACAAUACAGAGGCGUGAUGGAUGCAGUUGCUCUGAGAUUAGAUGAUGUUCUCACAUCAAUAGAUGAUGGGACGUAUCGAGCCAGACCUACCGAUAUAGCAAUGUCGGAAAGCCAUGCAAUCUUUGCAAACUCAGAUGCCACGGCGUCAGUAGGGAGUCUCGCGUCACCACAGGCAUCGUUGCCAGAGGGCAGCCAUAAACAUCUAAAGGGAAAGACUCACAGAUGUCGCACCUCAUCAUCGUCGGCGUCAACGACUAAAGUCAAUGUAGCUGCCGAACGUGUACCGGAUCCUUUCUCCAAAGCCUACCAGUAUGCCAACGCCUACACUUCUUCCGCACUUCCUCCCCUGAAACUGUAUACUGCAACCUGGCCACUUAUCUGUCUUGCAUCGACAUAUUCUCGUCGAGCCUAUGAAAAGCCUUCUAGCAAAGAACGACAGAAUUAUAUUUCGGGAGACUGGAGACGCGGCACUAAAGCCGUUGUGAUCAAAUCAGUGCCCCUUGACGAAAAAAAUACAAUCGUACUUGCUAUUCGGGGGACGCAGAAUUUCCAAGACUGGACUGUUAAUAUCCGAACUGAACCAACUGCACCCACGGACUUCCUCGACGAUGAGGGUAAUCUGUGCCAUGCCGGCUUCCUGAGUGUCGCGCGGAAGAUGAUCAAACCGGCUGCGGAACAUUUGCAGGACUUGUUGCGAGAAAAUCCACGACGGACAAGCUGCUCGUUAGUUAUCACAGGGCAUAGCGCCGGUGGCGCAGUUGCUGCGCUGCUGUACUGCCAUAUGGUGUCGCGGACGGUGGCGACAAGCUACGAGAUACCAGAAGCCUUUUCUUCGGGUUCAUUAAUGAGGGUGAUCCAGUAG